GCAGCGGAAGUGAGUCCAUUUUUACUCGUCAGUCGAAUUGGAGCUGUCCUUGGAGCUACAGCUUGGGCAACACGCGCCCGUGGGAGCUCGUACCUUCAGCCGGUGUUGAUGAUUUUUUCCCGGAGGAAAUAAAUAGAAAGGUCCGAGGACUGAGUGGAGGCUUGGACCAUUCAUUUGAUGUGUUCCUCCCCCCUCCCCUUUGCCCCAUGCUGUCUGAGAGGAAAAGCCUGCAUGAAAUUCCUCCACGCCAAAAACAAGCCCACCGUAAGGAAGGAAGGAUAACUGGGAGGUAGACCAUUUUUUUCCGAUUUUUUAUUUAUUUUUCUGCGAGGGUUAGUACGUUUGUUUUUACCGUUCUCGCCACCCAAUGUGGUUGUCGCUUUGCUGAAUUGUCGAACACCUUUGGGUUCGAGGUUCGACUCCUUACUUGGUGACCCAUUAGAGGGAUUGAUUGAUUGACACCGCCUUACUGCCACCUGAUAGUUGAGUUUAAGGACCACCUCGUUGAUUUUUGCAUCACAUCUGAGUUAUGUAGUAGAGACAUAUCAGUACGCAGAUGACCACCCCUCUCCCUGGUGAAGUGACUUUAAUGCCUCAUGAAUCUACCUCAAGCAACAGCGUUCUCCCGACUCGACACAUCGGCUCGACGUGUGCCCAAAUGUCUACCUCAGCUGUAAACUGAGCCUUGUUUUUGAGGUGACGCCACAGAUGGCUUCAUUUCCAGAUUCGGACCUGCAGACGUGCCCACUCUGCAAAGAGCUGUGUGGCUCCUCAGCCCCCAUUUCCUCCAGCUCGUCAACCUCCUCUUCCUCCUCCCACACCUCUUCCUCCUCCAGCCAGACCAGCAGGAGACUUCACGUCCUGCCCUGCCUCCACGCCUUCUGCAGGCAGUGCCUGGAGGCCCAGCGCAGUCCAGGAGACCCGCUGAAAUUACGUUGCCCCACUUGCGACCAGAAGGUGUCCAUCUCCGAGGCCGGCGUGGACUCGCUGCCGUCCACCAACUUCCUCUUCAGCAACCUGUUGGAUGUGGUUGUGAGCACCGAGGAGCAGAUCCAGAACAAGAAUGGCCACCACCAUCUCAAUCGAGGAAGCUUGAGCUCCUCCGGCUUCCAACCCACCCACGGAAGCCUUCUGCACCCACCCCAUCUCAUGGCAGAACCUCAGUGUAGCUCCUGUGACGAGCAGAACCUGGCCACGUCCCACUGCCUCGAUUGCCAAGAGUAUCUGUGCGACAACUGCGUCCGUGCUCAUCAACGGGUGAGGCUCACCAAGGACCACUUCAUCGAGCGGCUCGGGGAAAAUCUCCACGUGGCCCGAGUCAACAGCAACCCGGGCCAGCCGGCCAUGUCGGUGUCCCUCGCUCAGUCCUUGCAGAACAACUUUGCGCUGCUGUCCCUUUUCCAGGACCGGAUGAGCUUCUGUCAGCACCAUGACAAUGAGGUUUUCCUGUUCUUUUGCGAGAGCUGCUCCGUGCCCAUCUGCAGAGAGUGCAGCAUGAGCCGCCACGUGGGCCACACUUUUGUCUACCUCCAAGAGGCCGUGCAGGACUGCAGGUCCGUCACCAUCCAGCUGCUGGCUGACGCACAAAAGGGACGACAGGCCGUGCAGGUGAGCAUGGAGAAGGUCCAGGCCAUGGCGGAGCAGGUGGAGAUCAAGGCGAAGGUGGUGCAGACUGAAGUGAAGGCCCUGGUCCUCAGGCACAAGAAAGCGCUGGAGGAGCGAGAGUGUGAACUGCUGUGGAAGUUGGAGAAGAUCCGGCAGCUGAAGGCCAAGUCGCUAUACCUGCAGGUGGAGAAACUUCACCAGAGUCUGACCAAGUUGGACAGCACCAUCGCCGCCGUCAGCCAGGUGCUGGACGAGGGCCGCCACAUUGACGUGCUGCUGGCGCGCGAGCGAAUGGUCACCCAAAUCCAUGAGCUCAAAGCACUGAGGGGCUUGAUGCAGCCCCAGGAGGAUGACCGCUUCAUGUUCACGCCUCCAGACCAGGCUCUCUGCAUCGCUAUCCAAUCCAUGGGCCUGAUCAGCAGCGGCGCCUUUGCCCCAGUCACCAAAGCGCACGGCGACGGUCUCAACACCGCGCUCCGCGGCAAGCACGCCGCUUUUACUGUGAUCGGCUACGACCACGACGGCGAGCCGCGUCUCUCCGGCGGCGACAUGGUGACGGCGAUAGUCAUGUCGGUGGCAGACGCCAACCUCUCCGCCGCGGAGGUGACCGACCACCAGAACGGCUCGUACACAGUUAGCUACAUGGCCAAAUGCGAGGGGGAGCACCUCGUCUCCGUCUUGGUGUGCAACCAGCACAUUCAGGGAAGCCCCUUCAAGGUGUUUGUGAAAUCGGGCCGCAGCUACGGCUCGCUGGGUUCCCAAGUGUCGUCGUUCGGAGGCGAGGGCGAGGGGGACGGUCAACUGUGUCGUCCUUGGGGCAUCAGCGUGGACAAGGAGGGAUACGUGGUGGUGGCGGACCGCAGCAACAACCGCAUUCAGAUAUUCAAGCCCUGUGGCGCAUUCCACCACAAAUUUGGCUCUCUGGGUUCUCGACCCGGUCAGUUUGACCGUCCGGCCGGGGUCGCCUGCGACAGCCAGAGGCGAAUCAUUGUGGCCGACAAGGACAAUCACCGUGUGCAGGUGUUUACUUUUGAGGGCCAGUUCCUGCUGAAGUUUGGGGAAAAGGGGACCAAGAACGGGCAGUUUAACUACCCCUGGGACGUGGCUGUCAACUCCGAGGGUAAGAUCUUGGUUUCCGACACGAGGAACCACCGCGUGCAGCUAUUUUCCCCCGACGGCUCGUUCCUCAACAAGUACGGUUUCGAGGGGGCUCUGUGGAAACACUUUGACUCGCCCAGAGGCGUGGCCUUCAACCACGAGGAUCACCUGGUGGUGACCGACUUUAACAACCACCGGCUGCUGGUUAUCCGGCCCGACUGCCAGUCCGCCCGCUUCCUGGGCUCCGAGGGCAUCGGUAACGGUCAGUUCCUGCGGCCCCAAGGUGUGGCCGUGGACCAGGAGAACCGAAUCAUCGUGGCCGACUCCCGAAACCACCGCGUGCAAGUGUUUGAGCCCAAUGGGAAUUUCUUAUGCAAAUUUGGAACCCAGGGGAGUGGCUUUGGACAGAUGGAUCGUCCCUCCGGGGUCGCCGUGACUCCGGACGGAGUCAUCGUCGUCGUCGACUUCGGGAAUAAUCGUAUCCUCAAGUUCUAGAAAGACAACAUUCGCUCCCUCAAUUUGGCCCUUUGCUGUUUGUUGGUUUGUUUUUCCUCAACAAAGGCGAGCGAGCGAAUGAAUAAAAAAACUGACACAUUAGGAAUAAGAAAUCUCAGAGGAUUGAGAGCACGUUGACGAGAAGGGAAAUCGAACCUCGAUAACUUUUUUUUUUUCCAUUUCGCACCAUCAAUCCGAUAUGUUCUGGUUUAUAUUUGAAUGGGGACCUCUACAAAUGGAUAAUCAGUAGCCCAAAAAAAAAAAGAGCCAUUUGUCCCUUCUUCAUAGUCAACUGCUCGAUUCUUUUCUGUAAACUCUUCUCGAGUAUCCUUCUCAGGGAAUUUCUCACUUUUCUUGAAACUUCGUACCCUCUGCUCCACACCUACCUCAUUUAGCUCUUUAUGAAUGUACUCAUAGUAAAUGAGCAGAGGUUUAUUGAUCCGUGAAGUUUUACGAAGAAAAGCCUACCUCUAUACUUUUUAUUUAAGAGAGACAAAAAUAAGGAGGAAGAAAAAGAGACUCUUCAGUCGAUUUAUUUGCACAGGAGUAAUGGAAUUCGUGCUGUGCAUCUUUUUAAAUAUGUGUUGAGUGCACCUGAAUGUUGUUGCUGAGACAAUACUCAGAUCGCUGUAGGGGCUGCAUAAUUUGUUCUCAUUCGAAGGCAUUGCUCAAAAACAAUUGGGGUACAGUCCGGUAGUGUCUUCUUCAUAGCUUUUUUUUUUUUGUUUAGUUUUUUUGAUAAGACCCCACUCAUCACUAUGCUUGAGUUUGCAUAGGCAUAACGGCCCAGUUAGAAUGUGGGAAUGAAAUGCCACAAUGAUAUGAUGAGAUGAAAAAAAAAAAAAAGAGCUCAGGUAAUAGUUUGGCUGAUUGGAAAUGAUCAGCUCUUAUUUAGUUUCACUACAGCAGAUCGGGCCUGUGGUGACAUUAGAAAAAUUCAAUUCUUUGCCCGAGACCCCGAAACUUAACGUCUCGUUCGACGACGUGACCGACCGAGAUUAGUAUGCAAGGACCUCUUGCUCGCCUCCAAAAAGGGAGGACCCACAAACAAACGUGGGGGUGAUACUUUUUCAAAGAGCAGGAUCUAUUAGGGAUCCUAAAGUAGAGAUUUAAUCAUGGCUAAAUGACACCUUUUUCCCCCCCGAGGCAGUGUUUAACAAAAAGCCUCAGAAGUAGAUAGUCCAGAGGACGAAAAUAAGAACAUCAAAUAGACUUAAGACUUGACAACACAGUGAACCCUUACCAUUCGCAGGGCGGGGGAGAAUUGAAAAUGUACGACGAAUCGAUCUCCCUCCAAAGGGGUUUAAUUGCCUAUAGAUGUCACGAGAGCGUGGCAAAGCACUACUUUUGUCUCGACGAAGCUGAAACUCGCUUCAACAUCGCUUGCGGCAUACACGGUAUUCCUCGGCACCUUGUGAAUGCCGGCCCGCGGCUGUGCGGCGCUUCACUGUACAAUCCUUUGGAUGGAAGCUGCGGUCCAAAGCCGCUCUCUUCCCAUCCAUCGAAAGUGCGCUGCCGCCAAAGCUCGCCCCAAUUUAUCAGGUCUUCAGGCGUCUUUAGAACUUUGCGCUAGUAGACCAAUCCUCUAAAGAUGUAUCCACCAACUAUUAGAUUCAACCAAAGUAGAAUAUCUGCACACUGGCCAACUAAGAAAGAAGUGGCUUUUAAAAGAUUUAAAGAUAAAAAGGCACCAUCUUCAAUAAUCAUGGUAACAUUUCCCGGCAAAAUUCGUGGAGCACUGCCCGCUGACAUCACACGAGUCCUGUUUGAAUCCAGUCGCAUAGAAAACCAAAGAGAACCCUCCCUCUCCCUCAUUUUAGACCCCCGCCAAUCCGACGUAGAACAACUCGUAGCGCCCCCCCCCCCCCCCCCCUAAGCAAAUCCGUGGCGAGGCGUCGACGCUGACGUCAAUCUGUGCCCCACUUGAUCGCACUCGACAAUUCAUGUUCCGUUAGCAAAUUUGGAAAGAUUCCCCGACGGGCCUUCUUCUCUGAGGAGAGGUUCUGUCCGCACAUGAUCCCAAUUCAACGUCAGUGUUUGCUUACCUGGUGGACCUCGACACCUCAACUCGCUUUGUAGCGAUUCUUUACGUUCAUAUACCUCAGACUUGUGUCGUUUCCAUUUGAAUACCUCAUUUUGAUUUUUUUUGCGUAUUUUCAUGUUAGCAUACCUCAUCAGAUGUGUACGCAUCACGAUAUACCUCAUUCUUGGACUGCAUGUCCCGUCCGUAGCUGUAGGACCAAAGAUUGUGGCACUGUUGUGGUCGUCCGUUUUCAUCUCGCAACCCCGAGCAGCUUUUUCGCUUGGUUGUCUUUGCUGUACGAUUAAUUACCUUUUUUUUUUUUUUUUUUAAAGCGAAAAAAAAAAAUCAACCAAAGCAAAUAUUUCCGUGGAUUAGCAUCGUGCCAAAGUGAUCUCCAAGAGUUCUGUGCCAAGAACCAGGCUGUUGUAGAUGACAAAAGGUCACUGGACCACAAUAUCAGAGAUUCAAAUGUUGAGUCAGUUUCUGAUGGGGUGCACUUAGGAGGGCUGGGCCCUGAUUUUUCUUUGACCUCACGACGACAAACUCGCACAUUUCUGCUUUUUUUUUUGUGUUAGCGCGCAAGGGGGUGGGGGAAGGACGGGAGCGUUAAAAAAAAGAAACAUCACUCGUCGCACAAAAAUUCCACAAAGGAUUACCUCAACCUUCAGCACAACUUUCCGAUAUUUAUGCACGCGGCAGGACUUGUCUUGACUGUGGCGCCAGCAAUUACGAACAUUAUCAAGUUUCGUCAUUUGCACACGGAAGAACAUCGACAGUCAGCUUGUUUCUUUUGCGUUGUCAGUAUUACUGUGUUCAUCCGCGUCUGCAUCCUUUUUUCAGAAAAACUACGAUUGCAGAGUUCUAUCUUAAAGAUCUUUAGGUAUCCACUCUUUAAGAGGAAAAAUAUAUUUUAAAUCUUAUUUACUUUUUGUUUUGUUUUGUUGCAUGCUUUAAAAAAAAAUCCUUAUCAUACUGAAGUCUUUUUUUGGGGGGGGGGGAUAAAUGUUGGUAAAAAAAAAAAUAAAAUAGGCGGGUUGCUGACUUUUUGGGAGAUGGGUAAUACCAGAUGCGCUGGAAUAGGGUUGACCUUUGUGAUUGUAUUCGGUGGCAUAGCACAACCUGUUCAGUCAGCCAUGCCUCGAUUGGUAACCAACCGAAAACAUCUUGAGGCUUCUUUUGCGUGCCUCCCAGCUCAGGCGCUUUACUUGCGGGAACUUUCUUCCCACUCUGCAUUUAUUAAGUCACCCACAGCACACAAGGGCAGUCUUGUCACGGUCUCACGACCACCAUUUUUGGCUCAUCCAGCACACUUUUUGGCAAUCCGGAAAGUGGGAAUGGCUGCCAAUCAAGUGACUCUCUCUCGUGUGUGUGUCCCACCACCCGUCUAAUUUCUGGCCUCUCGUGACUUAAGAGAGGAAAAAAAGUAAAGCUGCACCGGGUGAUGUGUGCGAGGUCAUGGACCUCUUUUUUAAUGAUUGUAUAAUCAAAGAAAGACAAGAAAUAUGGUUGGUGAAAUUUUAGAAAGGAAAUCAAAUAUAUCUCAGGUAGUUCUCGGCAGCCCUGUCCUGCUGGUGUCUCAUUGAAAUGUGUCCCAUAGGAAUAAAGUAGACCACCCCCGGCCCCCUUCUUUUCCCCUUUUCCUUGUUUGGACCUUAGUGCUAGUCUGAUUCUUUUGUGUGUCCAUUGAAAUAAAAUAAAAAAAAUGAAAUCUCAAUCUGAAAUAUUGCUUUUGUUUAACUCCCCCCAAUUAUUAUUUUUUUUUCUUUUACAUAAAAGUACAAAUACCACACACAACCUGAUGUUCAUUGGCCCUUUUAGAAUGUAUUUUGUGAAGAAAAGGGUUCAACGGCAUCGGGCGAUGCACGCUCUCCACUACCCGCGGCUGGACCGCCGGACAAUUUUGUAUUAGUCACCACCAGCAAUAUUUCUCGCCUCGGGUGGCGUAAACCCGCGUGAACAUCUGUCUUUUAUCCAAUGAGUGUUGGUCCAGCAGCGUGGUGGUGGUGGUUGCUCGUGCAUCUAUUGUCAAAGCAGACCUCCUCUGAAUGUAAGCCCUCACAGUCCAGGAUGCAGCGCGAGUGGGUGCGGCCUGCUGAGUUUAGAUGAGUGCUGCUGGUACUUCCUCGUCAUUGUGUGUGUGUGAAUGUGUGUGUUUGCCUGUCUCUCUUGAACACACACUUUGUGCUGGGUGGAAGUGCAGAUGUCAGGUCUUCAGUCUAAAUGAGGCAAAGGAGACUAUAUAAUAUUUUGGGCUGCCUACUGCUCGCGCUGCACUCUUUGGACUUUAAACAUUUCCUAUGCAGUUUUUUUUUUUGUUCUUGUUUACACUUAAAUAAAGUUGUAUUUCUUUGACUUCAA